AUGGACCAGCUCGAGACGCAGGUGAGCGAUCUGCGGUCUUUCCUGGGAGCUGCAGCAGAGGCGGGCCCGCAGAGCGUGAGGCCGGGAGCAGCGGAGAUUAUGUCGCCGCUGGCCAGCGGCUUUGGUGUCAAUGUCGCCUAUUCAGCUGCUCCCAGUGCCAGCGUGAGCGGAACUGAAAUUGGACCUGGAGCUGAUGGCCCACUCGCCGCUGGCGGCAGCAUUCCCGGGUCGUCGGGUCUGCGGCGAGGGAGCAGUUACAGCGGGCGGAGCACGGCUCCAACAGCUGGUGUAGCCGUAUCGGCGGGACCGGGAGCGCGCUCAGCGAGAGGCUCGCUUUCGUCCAGUUCCGCAGCUCCCGGAGACAAUUCCGCGCCCAACGCCCCAACAAUACUACCAUCGCUGCCGACAUUGCCAGCAUUGCCAACUGCCGCCGGAACGCCGCCGCAGCAGCCCCCGUCGCCGCUGGAAGCGCGUGCAAAUAGCGUGACCAGCGCUGCGAGUGUCUCGGGGAGUGUGAGUGCUGCCGCCACUACUGCAAAGCGCCGGGCUGAGGACGGCGAUGGUGAGCCUGUCGUCAAGCAGCAACGCAGCAAGCGAAAUAGGUACAUCUCAAUAGCCUGCAACGAAUGCAAGCGCCGUAAAAUCAAGUGCAACGGCCAGACUCCCUGUCAACGAUGCGGCCACCUCAACCUGCAAUGCCUUUACGCUCCCAACUGCUGCUCGACCUUCCGCGAGUCGGAAGAGUUCAAGCGCCUGACCGAGCAGGUCCGCCAGCUGCAGGAGCAUGUGAACACCUUGUUCAACGAGAUGAACGCCUUAAAACAGGAGACGAUGCUUCGAUCUGGUCAGGACCGCGGCGUUGUAGCGUCUCCUGCUGGCAGCGGCCCUGGAGGGGCUAGUACUCUCGCUCCGACUCCAAGCAGCUCCAGUCGACAGCCGUCUCAGGCGCAGCCGCUGCCCUACCGUGCACCGUCGACCUUCCACGGGCCGACCAGCAUCGCCUACACCGUAGACGUGGCGAAGAACACGCUGCAGAAUAUGGGCGUCGCCGACCGUGAUGACAGCAGCGGGCCGCAGUCAGCGUCGACUCCUCACGGGUCGCCCGGGUUGCAGCCCCUAACCGGGGCAGCCCCAUCGCCGGGUUACUCUCAGGCUGACGGCGGGGAGCGUGAUCCCCUCUGGGAGUUUGACGAGCCCGAGAUGAUGCGUCUGCUGUAUGUGUUCCGGGACGAGGUCAGCUUCAUGUGGCCGGUCGUAUCGCCGGAUGCGAUAUUCGAGCAUGCGAAGCAGGUGUGUCUGUGGAUGAGUGCGCGACGACGAGAUCCCGCCGGUGGGGGGGACCCGGUUGAGCAACAGAAGUUGUUCAAGGAUCCGCAGACGCUGCUGCUCAAGCUGGCUCUGUGCAGCGGGCUGUUGAUUGAAGAGCACGGGAAUAGUCCUAAGGCGGACAGGCUCUUUGCCAGCAUCCAGCCCAUCGUGGACAGGAUGCUGAUGAGCGAACAUGCCGAUGUCAACACCCUGCCCAUUCUGGCGCUCGUCGCUAGUUAUCGGUAUCUGUCGAACGAUGAAGUGCUUGCCUGGCGUGUUAUUGGGCAUAUAGCAAGGAUGUGUCUGGAGCUGGGGCUGCAUCGCCUCGAGGGAUUGAAGAGGAUAGCAGACAAGCAGGCCCGAAAGCAUGCUCUGCACACAUUCUGGACGACGUACAUUUUAGACAGGCGAUGGAGUUUCGCGACUGGGUUGCCGUUUGUCUUUCACGAUGACAAGAUCGAUCCCAAGCUCCCUUAUCCCAAUCAACACCCCUUCCUGGUCGCCAUGAUCGACUACUCUAAACUCAGCGCCAAGAUCUGGAAAUUCGUCGACUACUUCGAGCCGGCCGUCACGCGCGAGCUUAAACCCCAGGAUUUUGAGCUCCUCGACCGCGAGAUCAUGGCCUGGUACGACAGCGUGCCUGAAGAGAUUCGCAUCGACCCGCAGCUCGAUGACGACGAGAUCCCCCUACAAGCGUCCCACCGCCAGCGCAUCUGGACGCGACUGCGCCUCAACCAGGCCCGCAUCUGGCUCUAUACUCCGGUAUUGCACUCGGCGACGUCAAUCGCGCAGAACCUAGAGCAGGCUCAAAAGGUUGUGGAGCUAGCAAAGAAGACUAUCUGCAUCUUGACCAGGUUGAACCAGAAGACGGAUCUCUACCGCCGCAUGCAGGUGUUUUACCACCAGUUUUUGACGUCGUCCAUUGCGGUGCUGUUCCUCGCGUCGACGCAUGCGCCGCUGCAGUUUAGCGGGAUGUGCAGAGAUGAGUUUUAUAUGGCGCUGGAUUUGGUCAAGGAAAUGUCAGCGCGGAGUUGGGUAUCAAAACGCCUCUGGAGGACAAUCAAGAGUUUAAAGGCCUACGCCCCAAGCUUGGGCCUCGACGCAGGCAGGGAGCAUCGCUCAUCCUCGGGCGUGUUCCCAAUCGGCAGCGCAAAGGGCGUGCAGAGCACAACCUCAAGCCAAAGCCCCGACUCCGCAAGCCACGCUGGCAGCGCCUUUGGCGGCACUCUCCCUCCCGGCCACCACCACAGCAGCCCUACUCCCGUGCACGUCACACAAGCCCCGAUCCUGCCUUCCCAAAGCCAGAUACUUGCCUCGUCCGGCGACAGUCCCAGCGAUGGAGUGCAACUACACACAGAGAUGUCGCGCAUUUUUGAAGGGUAUAUUGGUUUCGGUAUGGGAAGCCAUGUGGGCGGAUUGGGGAUAAAUAUGGUCUCGUCGGCUCCUGGUGACGCGGCGGGUUAUUCGUCUGCUCCUCCAGUGACUGGAGUGAGUACGCCGGAUGUUGAGAUGGUGUAUGCACCGCCGCCACAGGCGGAUGGGUUGGGGAUAGGGAUGGAUGAGGGAAACGAACCUGGACAGGGGGUUUAUAUGCAUGUUAGAGAGAUGUUCUAA